UGAUACGAAUUUUAUUUGGUUAAGAGUGUUGAUGAAGAAAAUAAUUUUCACUGUUAAGCAUUUUACUUCGUUGGAAGGGGUAUCCAAAGGGGGAUGAAAACUUUGAUAGCUGGUUGCACUUUUGAAUUUAGCCACCUUAAUUCUAAUAGGAAGAGUUGAGAGUAUCAAGAAACUGGGCACAACAAUAUGGAAGAAGAACCAGCCAUUUUGGCGUUGUAUGUAGUGGCAAAUUUAUUUCCAUUUUUAUUUCACGUGUUUGGGCUGUUCCUGUUGCUUCAAAUCAAAGAACUUGAAAUGAAUGGCAGCCAAAGAAUCUUUCUUAUUCACCUAAGCUCAUCAGAAUUACUUCUAGCAGCUUUCGGUUUAGCAAGAGACAUCACGAAAGGUUUCAAAAGCAAAUUGGAUACUCAUGUUUACCAUGUAGCGAAUAUUCUGCAACUUUCUGGUAUUUCCUUUGUCUACUAUGCUGUCAUGAUCUUACUUACUACAGACAGAUUCUUUGAGUUGUAUUUGAAUAUAAAAUAUCCCUUGUACUGGUCAUCGAGGCAAACAAAGCGUGUUAUGUUAGUAACAUGGCUCCUGGCAACCAUGUUUACAUUGGCUGUUAUCGUAGUUCACUAUGUAUAUAAAUUCGAUUACAGAAAGAUGUUCUACACCUACUUCUAUCCUAUCAUCGAGACCAUUUUUCUAAUUGUUGCUGGUACCACCUACACUUACGUCCUUAGGGUGUACCGCAAGGGAAACAAAAAAAUAGCAAAUUUAGCAAAAUGUAGUAAUGAUAUCAACACAGGAAACGACAGAACUGGGCGAAGAAAAAGUGUUCGCGUUAAUAUAACCAACUCAACAUUUUAUUUACCAACUUUGUUAAUAUUAUCUUUUAUUUUACUUAUUGUUCUUCCAGACUUCAUUCAUUUCUUCGCAUUUCAGUUAGGUGCAACUUUACCUGAAGCAAUCGAACACUCGAUAUAUAUUACGUAUCAAUUAGCUUUCACUUUGGACGCUGUUUUUUAUAUAUUUCUUUGCCCACCCGUUAGGAGGCUGAUGAUUAAGUUGUUCUGCAAAAAGCGUCAUUAUAAAAGAAGAAACGCGGUUUUCGAGAGAAGAAACGCGGUGGUUGAAUUGCAAACGAGUUCCGCCGCUUCAACAAUCACGAGAUAAACAGAAUGAAGAAAAAAAGAAAAGAAAAUAUAUGAACAACUCUGACUUUUGUUUGUUUUCGUUAAAUCGUUUUCCUAACACAGAACAAAAGGAAACAUUUAAGUUUCUGUGACGAAUGACAACAUACAUUUUUUUAAUAGCAGGAACGACAUCUUACAAAAUUCUCAUUUUUAUGUCAAAAAGAAUAAAUAAGAAAUAUUGAAUAUGUUAUAUAUAUACGGAUUACGAAAUACAUCGGAAUAUUAUUAACUAUUAUAAUAACUAUUAUUUGUUUUUAAAUAAAUAUUUGUAAAAUAAAUAUUCGCCAAACACAACUUAUGUUUGUUAAUUAGAACAUUAAAAAAUAAAAAAAAAUAUGUUGCAGGUUGGUAGCGCCUUGUAGUAGUCGCGGGCUGGAACCUGCUAUGAAACACAUGCAUAAACAACAAAACAUAAAAUUUGUAUUCAUCUGAAAACCCCAACUUUUCCCAUUCAAAUUUUUCAGGAAAAUUAUAAUUUUUUAUUGAGCAUACCCCUUGAAUGAGCACCCACUCCUCCGCUUUAGGAAACGAGCACCUAUUUGGAUUUUAGUCAAAACGACCUGCAAAUUCUUUUUCAGGAAAAAUAAGGAAGAUAACUGAAGAGUAACAAGACGUAUGAUAUACGCAAACAACCUCGCGAAUAAAGUUUACAAAAAGCUGUCUAUCAAAUUGGGAUUUUUGUUACGAAGUUAGACACGACAUAUUUUACUAUUCAGAUACGCAAUAAUAUUUGUUACACAUUUAUUUUUCAAAAUUGAUUUGUGAGACCUUCCUGAACGUGAAAUUCCUCGAACUUUUAAUUUUCGAUGGGUCCGUCUUGGGUGAACCGACUGACAGGAAGAAGAAAGACCACAAACCCACAAACCCCAAAAUUUGCGAAAUUCAUUAAUUCAGUUAAUUCUGCCUAAAUUCACUUUUAAAAAGUUUGGUGGAAACACCUUUAUUUACUAGUUAGUUAAACAAGUGUUUUGAACACUUGUCUUAUCUUUUUAAAAAAGAAAAAAAAAGUAAAAAUAGUUACCAAGAUGAGAUUCGAACACACGACGACUCCCGUGUCGGUGCUCAGAGAGGCAAAAAUUUCCAUUCUUGUAGGACACAUUUGCGUUUUAAUACAAGCUCACGAGCUUGUAAU